UUCAUAUUAGUUCCCAUCGUCCUUCCCCAAACAAAAUCAUCUAUUAAAAAACACAAAGGAAAUAGAGAAGAUAAAGAGGGAAGAUGCAAGGGUUGAUCAAAACUAGAACCGAAUUACCAGAGAUGUUGGUGUUGGAGAUUCUCUCAAAGCUUCCUGUUAAAUCCUUGACCCGUUUCAGAGUUGAGAGGCCUUUAGGGUUUUGGAAAAAUGGCGAGUUGUUUCUCGAGAGCUCGGAUCAAGAACUAGUUUUAUUUGAUCCCUCCAUACAAGAGCUUAGAAAUCUUGGUAUUUACGCUUAUCAGGAAACAAUGCACAUUACUACUUAUGUUGAGAGCUUGGUUCCAUUGAAUGGAAGAUCAGAGCAUGAGGAAUGUAUAAUACGACGGCCAGCCGGAGGUGAAACAAAUUGAUGUUGAACACUAAGACAGAUG